UGCGUGAGAAGUGCAUCAGCAGUCAAAGUGCAUCCAUCAGUGAGUGGCUGGCGUACGAUCAAAACAGAAAAUUUCCAUUCGCUUUUUCAUGUUUUAUUGUGCAUUGUUGUGUUUUGUGCGAAAAAUAGUGUAUUUCGGUUGUAGUUCAACAGUUUGCUGCAACGGGCAGAUAAUCCACAGUGAAUUAGUGUGAUAGGUUUGCUGGAAUCGCGAAAAUUUCGUUUUUACUUUCGGGGUGUUUUUGAGUUUCAUUUCGCGGAAUCGAGAAGCAAUACAUUUUUACAUCGGGAAGUGAUUGUUGGCAGGAAGAUUAAGGAACCGAGAAACUGUGCCGCUGCCUGCAAGUAGAUCUAAACGCCAACAUCGAAGAAAGCAAGCAAUGCAAUCGGAUGGGCACGACCAGGAGAACCGGUCUGCUGGAAUCGACGUCGAAUACGACAAUACACAGCAUCCGUCCAGUGGGACCGGAACUGGCUCCGGUUCGGCCAACGUUCGAUCCCGAGUGCGCUACUGGCUCAACGACAUCGUCGAUGAGAUGCGCAAGAAGAGUCCCGCAUCGGUCCAGAAAUGGGUCGACUCGAUACAGAUCCCAGGCCAGGCCGGAGCCGGGCCUAGUACCGAACCCGGAACAUCCUCGGUCGAGCUAGCAGCAGGACAACAUCAUCAUCAUCUUGCCUAUGUAGCGGAAUCGUCCGGAUUAGCCGAGUCCGGCGAGUCGGGUUCCGAGCUGGAUCGCGAAAGCAAUGAAGACGUACUUAGAGUCGACGUUCCUGUUUCUACCUCCGACGAGGAGUUUUUGCCCUCGGCAAGUCCACAAGUGGAACACCGAAGCGACGCCGGUUCGGCCAUGUCCAUAAAGAGCCUACUCUCGAAGAAGACACUACUCGAAAAGUUCGGUCGAGGAGGCCCAAGCAAUCUGCCGGAACAGGAAAGCCAUCCCUCAUCGGCGGAGCAGGACUCGGUAGACCAUUCAUCGGAGGAAGAACCGCGUAAGAGUGCGUCGCUUGCCUCCAUCGGGAAGACCAAAAUCAACGAGUUCUAUGACAAACUGAGCAUGAAUAAGGCCAAGUACAAUCUGAUAAAGGCCAAGAAAAUCGACAUUCGGAACAUGCUCGGGGCCAGCAAGGAGAAUGUCGCACAGCAGAGGGAACCAUUGGAUACGGAAGCGCUGAGGCCGAAACUUUUGGCUGCCGAGAAGGAAGAGAUGGAACCGCUCACGGUGAUGGAAUCCGUUACGGUAGAUGAUGGAAGUGACUUGAAACAACUGCAGUCGGAGGCAAGUAGCAAACUCAGCACCGGAGAUAUCUACGAAUUUUCUUUUGAUGAAUCGUUUCCAAAAGACGAAGACCUGCCGGAUGUCAGUGAGGACGAAGAGAAGGAGAACCUGGAAAUACCGACCCCGGUGUACGAUACCUACUUGAACCCACCGAAGGCGUUCCACCGCAUGGGCAUCGGUAAAAUUGGCCGCAGUUCCAGCGAGAAUCCCCGCGCCAACAACAAGCGCUACAAUCUGCUGGACAUCGGUCGGAGUUUCAGCGAAAUGAACGACGACGACAAUUUCGUGAUCAGCGAGUGCAACAACAGCUGUCCCAACCCGUCGUCGCUGAACACCAGCUCCAGUAUCAACAACAGCAGCAGCAACAUUCUGGCACGGUCCGUUCCGGUUAGUCCCAUCCCGAGGACAUCCAGCAAGAUUAGUAUUCAACAGGAGCAUUCCCUUGCCGAGUCGCCCCGGCGCCGAAGCGCUAUGCUGAUGAAGGAAAGUUCGCUGCAGUCGGACUCUAGCCGGUGUUCUAGUGUGGAGAGUUUGCUGAAUGCCCGCAAGCCAGAUCCCGAGCGGAUACUGUUGAACUUGGGAUUUGGCCCGGCACCCCACAGCACCGAUGUUUUGUCAAAAAUUCCCAAAAGAUUCCUCAAGCCAUCUCAAGUGCGAGGCGUGGACACGGAAGCGUUCCUGCGCCAACAGCAACUGUCUAUGCAUAUCCACGAGAAUAGCGUACUCGGAUAUCGUGGAUUGGUCGGAAAUCCUCACAUCCCGCCUUCGAUGAUAGUGGCAAAAAUAAUGGAGCGUUUCCAGGAGAAUGAACGUGGUCGUUUGGUGCGUACUAGCACCCUGGUUCACGGAAUGCCUAUUGAAAUGUCCACUUCAGCACCAACCGGAGGAGGGAGAGGUGGAGGAAGUCACAACUCGUCGGGUCCUCCCUCGCCAAUCCUUAUUCAGCGCCAUGCAUCUCUUGCCUCAGAAGGGCGGGUCUAGUUUCAGUCCCCGGUUUGUUCCCUUCGAUAUUAGCGUACACACUAACUAUGUCUACAAGACUAACUAUUAUACAAUCUUACACGUGACUCGAGCUUCGGAUUUUUUCCACCACUUACCCUUUAACUUAAUUUUUUUUAUAUAUCUAAGGACUUUUAUCCUACUUCAAUGUAUUCUAUCGAGAAAAGGAUCAUCUUUUUCCACUAUGACAUUCCUCUUCAUCCCUGAUGCUGUAAAUCCAACACACAUUCAGUAUUCGACAUCCGGAUGAUGAUUGAUAUUUUUGAUAGUGAUUUUCUCUGUAGGAAACAUUUACAUAUACCCUUUUGAACCCCUUAUGACAAUGUGGCCCCGCAAAACUUAUGACAGAAAUCAAAAAGCAAGACAAAAAAAAAUCCGCGGAAAGAAAGCUUUAACAAGUUGUUAGGAAACAGAACUGCACACACACAUAUCUCUUUGUACGUAUACUUGGCAGAGAUCCAAGUUUUAUGACUAUUGUUGCAACAUCGACCUUUUAAGAAGAAUUUCAAUCGACUUUUAUACUUACUAAUGCUACUCUCUUAAACUUUGAACAUUCACAAAUAUUGAAAAGUAUCUUUUAAUCGUUGACUAAACAAGCUUACUUAGUGAGAUAAUCGUAUUAGGUAUUACACUCGUGGGACGUAAUUAGAUUUGUUUUUGCACCUAUUACGACUUACGACCUUUUAUUUAGCUCAGCCUUCUUAGCCGAUGACACGUAGAUCUAAAGAUGAUAAGAAACAAAGAAUCUCUGUCAAAUGAAGAAAAAAGAAUAUUGUUUUAGGAGACAAUUUAUUUAUAUACGGAUGAAUAGAUGAUAAAUUUAGGCUCAAAAGCAUUCGUUGUUGAAAA